UCAUCACCCUCAUCGACGAAAUAUGAGUGUGCUGAUUAUGGAGUGCGUCUCCGCGGUUUUACAAUGUUUACACGACGGACUGACUUGUGCUCCGUCGUCGCUUGGGUUUGGCAUCUAGACAGUAGCGAUAUGACGUCACCGCUACCAAUAUUUAGCCCAUGAUGCUAACUUGAUCAUCCAGCUACACAGAUGAGAGUUAUAUGACUGAGGAGGUGGUUAGAAGGAUGCUUGAGAUGGUGAACGACAAGUUUCCCUGCACUGGUGUGUUUUAUAAACAAGCUAGGUUCCCCUCCCACCGCGGACUUCCCAGUUCUCGCUGUUGCCAUGGAGGUGGGCUGCCUGCCUGUGGAGCUGUGGAGGGUGAUCUUGGCCUAUCUCCCCCUCCCUGAUCUGGGUCGAUGCUGCCAGGUGUGUAGGUCCUGGAGGGAACUGGUCCUCUCCCUGGACAACACGCGUUGGAGACAACUCUGCCUGCGAUGCCCUGAGUGCAGACAUCCCAACUGGCCCAGUCAGCCUGAACAGGAGCCCCCUUCCUGGAGGGAGGCCCUCAAACUGCACACCAUGGUAACCCGCACUUGGACUCAAAAUGGACCCGAUCACCAGGCGUCUGCCUGUCUACACCUUUUCAAACGUAGAAAGAAUCGCAGAGUUUGGCAUGUUGGUCCGGGGUGCGAGUAUGAAACUGUGCGAGGUGCUCUUGGUAUGGUCGGGCCGUAUGACCGCCUGGUCCUCCAUCCGGGGGUGUAUGAGGAGCCUGCCGAAAUCUUUCUGAAGGUGCCUGUGGAGCUGGUUGGGCUGGGGUCUCUUGGUGAAGUGUCUCUCCUGGUGUGCAUGGAGCAACAAUGCCCAACAGCCCGGCUGUGUAAUCUGGUCUUUAUGCCACCCUGGUUCUCAACUGUGGUCUACAAGACAUCAUGGGGUCACGUCCAGCUUGAUAACUGCAACUUCGAAGGGGCCCAACUGCAAGUCCGAGGGCCAGGAACCUGCCAGGCCCGCUUCUGCUCCUUCUCCCAGGGCAGCUCCGUUCAUUUAGCCGGUGUUGUCCUCAGUUUAUUCGACAGCUGCGACUUCUCUGGAAGUGACACAGCCUCCAUUACCGUGGAGGGUCCUCUUGUUUCUGAAAGAAAUUGGGCUUGUAAAUAUUUGGCCGCACUGGUGCGGAAUUUCCCAUGUGAUUUGUCUGUAAACAAACCUCUCCGACACACUGGCCUGCAGGCUCAAGUUACCGCGGACCCUGAAGUUCAUGGUGAUAAAAAGGCUGAUAGUAAAAUCGAAGUCUGGCAGGGGAGGAAUGACGCUGCGGGACAGUGCACGGUGAUCGAAGACAGAUGUAGCGAUGGAGAGAAAAGUCUGGAGGAGGAAGACAGGGAGAAAAUAAAGAAGUCGGUUACACUGAAUUAUAAAAUACAGUGCGACCAGCAUGGCCUAUCCCACUUACUCAAGCCUGCCUCGGAUGGCUCCUUACCUGUUGCCUCAACCCCUGAGCCCCCAUCUGUGACACUGGAACUCCUCACACUCCAGCAGGAACUAGACAGGGACCCAGAAGCUCUGCGGUUUGUUACCUCAGUUCUCGGCUGCAUCGUCCGCCGCUCUCUUUUCAGAGAUGGAAAAGGUGGUGUCUAUCUCUCCAACUACGCACAGGCACGACUGGAGGACAAUAUUUUCCGUGGACUGAACUACGGCGUCCGCUGUAUACAGAACUCUGUUAUUGUGAUGCUUAGAAAUGAAGUGUGCAAGUGCCGAGCAUCGGGCGUCUUCCUGCGACUCUCUGCUCAAGGAUUCAUCGCUGAAAAUGACAUCCACUCCAACGGGGAGGCGGGACUUGACAUCCGCAAGGGGGCGAACCCUAUCAUCGUGUGUAACAAAAUCCACAGUGGGCUACGAUCCGGUGUUGUUGUCCUCGGCAAUGGAAAGGGCUCAGUUCGGAGCAAUCGCAUUUACAACAAUAAGGAGGCUGGAGUAUACAUUCUCUUCGGUGGGAAUCCUGUUGUCAGUGGAAACCAUAUCUCUCAAGGCCUGGCCGCAGGUAUUGCCAUAAACGAGAAUGGAAGAGGAAUAAUAGUAGAGAAUGUCAUCAAAAAGAACCAGUGGGGUGGCGUGGACAUCCGUCGAGGGGGAGACCCCAUCCUGAGGAACAACUACAUCUGUAACGGAUACUCAGAUGGUGUUGUGGUGGGAGAGCGAGGCCGUGGGCUGAUAGAAGGCAACCACGUGUACUGCAACAAAGGCUGUGGCGUGUGGGUGAUGUCCUCCAGCCUUCCACAGCUCCUGGGAAACUUCAUCACCCAUAACUGCAUGUAUGGAUUGGCAGUGUUCUGCAGGAAGGACAUGGAGAACAUUGAGGCUCGGGAGGGGAACUGGAAUGGCCAGGAAUGGAUAGGAAGAGAUGAAAUUGGAGUGGAAGAAGAAGGACGAGAAGAACAAGAAAAUAUGCAUGAGGAGAGGGAACUGUUCGCCUGGGAGAAUGAUGAGGACAGUGAGGAUGAGCACAACUCAAGCAGCCGUUCUGUCAGUGUGGCCCUGGUCGAGAACAACUGCCUGAGUUACAACGGCGCAGUCGGGCUUUAUGUGAAGAGCAGUGAACCACUCAACGUGUUUGCCAACAUGGUGAACAACAAUCGGGGGACUGGCAUCGGAGUGCUGCAGAGCUGCCAGCUGACCCGACUGGUUACCAACUGCAUCCUCAAGAAUGGCAGAGGUGGCGUGACAGUGGAGAAGGACUGCCGUGUGGAACUGCGUGGUAAUGGCGUUUAUGAUAACAGCAACCACGGCAUUCACUUCCUUGGCAACGGGCAGAUUGUGGAGAAUGAUGUCAUUGGAAACGGUGGCUGUGGUAUUCAAGUGGCUGGAAAUAUUGAUGUUAAGCUUCUGCGUAACCGUGUGCAACCAUGUCAAGGCUGUGGCGUCUCUGUUUCCGGGCCAGUUAAGGGAGCUGUUCGUGACAAUCAACUAUUCCAAGGUCAUCCAGGACACAAAAACAAUCUUCUGCUGGCUGAUCCUGCAAAUGAUACCUGUGUCAUACGCAACAACAGUAUUUUCACGCACGACAGUAGCUGUGCAUCUGCUCCUGCCUGGAUUUUGAAAAACCCUCUUCCUCGCCCCCUGCCUAGUUCCAUGGCUGGCCUCUCCUCUUCUCAAUAUCCUUCCCGACUUGGCAACUCUGUGACAAACCGCAUCAGUGCGACGGUGGAGAGUGGUUGCCAUGGCGGCAGUGUAUUCUGCUGCAUUCUAUGAGAACAAAAGCACCUAAACAUACAGUGAGACUUCGCCUUAAGGUCAACACGAUUACGAAAAUACUCACACGAUACCUCUUUGACCUGAUCGGACAAAUGAGUUCAAAAAGAAAUGAAUGUGCCAAUUAGAAAUACUGCAGGGAGCUAGUUCUCGUUUGAGAAGUUUUUAUUGUUUAACUGCCACAUCACUGAUCAGUGUGAGCUUUAGAAUGAAUGUCCUCUGAGUGGUAUUAACAAAAGCUUUAAUCAUCUUCUCCUGCAUGCACUUUUACUGGGCCUAAUAGUCAAAGGCAUCAAAAUGUCUGCUCCCUCUGUGCUACUAAGUAUAACUGUGCCUUUCAUGGACUUUUUGUGUAUAUGCAACAGAGCAGAGCCAAACUUUUUCUACCCCAAACAUUUUCCAUUCGAGUGUAAAGAUAAAGUCUGAACUUUUAAUGGAGGAAUUUCAGCAUAUUUAUUCCAAAACCGCACAUACUCAGUGGAAUAGUGUCAGUGUGCAAUAUGUGACGUGUACAGAUAAGCGUGGAUGUUUCACUGCUUUGCUGAGAGUCCUGUCAUUUGAAUGUUGGUAGCUUUAUUGGGUGAAGAACCUCCAGAUGUGUCACCUUUUUAUUUCUUUAAUAAAGGUGUGAUUCAACUU